GAUAUAAUUAUAUAUGAGCAUCAGGUGUUUAGUAUUUAAGCUCCAUCUAGAGAGAGUGUGGUAGACAAAAGCCAACCCUGACCUCUUAGACAAGCUUGCAAUGGGCACUUUGAUAGGGCACAUAGUGCCUGGUUUGGCACUUGCCCUUCUCGGCCUAUGGCACAGCAUCAAUACUAUCAGAACGUACUUUCUCAAAGGACCUCCCAACUUUACUGUAAGGUUUUGGUACCCGUUAUACAGUCCUUCAAAAUUUAAGCACCUGGAGCUUAUUUUCAUCUUAUCAUUCUCUGUAUUUGCAAUUAUUAUGGAAAUUCUCGACUUCCCUUUUCUUCACUUGGCCUUUAAACUCAACAACUACGAGCAUGCAACUAUGUUCCUCCACCUAGCUAUAUUUUCAGGAUUUACCCUUUGUGCUGAGUUAAUGCAGUCAUUGCACAUCUUAUCAGGAGUUGCUGGUGUUCUUAUAUCCUCAGUUUUUGGCCAAGAACUUUUCCUGCUUCAUUUUCACUCUGCUAACCAUGUUGGGAUUGAAGGGCAUUACCAUUGGCUUUUGCAAGUCAUAGUCUUCAUUUCCCUCAUGGCAGCACUUGCAGCAACUUGUUUUCCAACUAGUCUCCCUGCAACUAUUGUUCUCUCUAAUUCUAUUGUAUUUCAAGGUUGUUGGUUUAUGAACAUGGGGUUGAUGCUAUGGCUUCCAGAGUUUGUUCCUGCUGGUUGUGCUGUACAUUUGGUCGAAGGUAGCAGCGGGGAUGACAGGCUUGGAGCAGUUGUCUGUGCUUCUGGGGAGGCGGAUUCGAGAGCAAGAGCGCUGGCCAACUUGCAAUUUAGUUGGAUACUUGCUGGAAUUUUGAUAUUUACAGCAUGCAUAUCCCUAAAGUUGGCUGCAAAAUAUAGACCAAGAGACUUCCCUUUAGAGUAUGAGCAGCUGCAGAGUAAAGGGCCUGAUAUUCAUAUUCCCAUGAACAGGCUCACUCAUGCUGGUCCAUGUAUGGUUUCAAUAUCUUCAAGGACACUUGAAUCAUAAGGAUUCACGUACAUGUAUGGCAGUUACUUUAGGAUCUAUAAUUUGUAAUUUGAAAAAAGGCAACCAACUUCUAUAAGCUUAUCUAUCGACUUGAAAAGACAACUAUAAUGCUAAAAUGUGUGGAAUCAAUAUAUAUGGGAAAAUUAUAGGUAAGACCAUUACUUUUGCAUUCAUUCGUGAGAGUAUUUUUUUAUGAUA